AUGACCUCGUCGCCGCCGCGCGGCACAAAGCGAAAAGCGGAUGAGUUGCAAGCACCUCGCCGCAUAAGGGCUCUUGAGCAGGAUGUGGUGAACAAGAUCGCUGCGGGAGAAAUCAUUGUUGCACCGGUGCAUGCCCUGAAAGAGUUGAUCGAGAAUGCAGUGGAUGCCGGCUCGACAAGCCUGGAGAUUCUCGUCAAAGAAGGGGGCCUCAAACUCUUGCAGAUCACCGAUAAUGGCUGCGGCAUAAGCAAGGACGACAUGCCAAUCCUGUGCGAGCGCUUCACCACAUCAAAGCUCAAGGCUUUUGAAGACCUGCAGGCCAUUGGCACGUAUGGAUUCCGAGGCGAAGCGCUCGCCAGCAUCAGUCACAUAGCACAUCUAUCGGUCACGACCAAGACAGCAGAUUCUAGUUGUGCCUGGAAAGCUCACUAUGCUGGUGGCAAACUGACACCUGCAAAGCCCGGCCAAUCUGCUGAUCCCAAGGCUUGUGCGGGACGGCAAGGCACGCAGAUUGCUGUUGAGGAUCUCUUCUACAAUGUGCCGACCCGGCGACGCGCUUUCCGUUCUGCCAGCGAGGAGUAUGCAAAGAUUGCCGAGCUGGUGGGCAAGUACUCAGUUCAUUGUCAAGGUGUUGCAUUCUCGUGCAAGAAGCAUGGUGAAGCCGGUCUUGGUAUUGCUGUACCUGCCAACGCCUCAAUCCGUGAUCGCAUCCGUCUCACCCACAGCACAACUGUCGCAAAUGAGCUCAUCGAAUUCCAGAUCUCCAAUGAACCGUAUGGGUUCACUGCAAAGGGUCUUGUCAGCAACGCCAAUUAUGGUGGCAAGCGAACUACACUCCUACUCUUCAUCAACCACAGAUCUGUCGAAUCGUCAGCGAUCAAGAAAGCAUUGGAGCAGACGUAUUCUGUCUUCCUUCCGAAAGGCAGCAAGCCUUUCGUCUAUCUUAGCCUAGAGAUCGAUGCCGCACGUGUCGAUGUCAAUGUGCACCCAACAAAGCGAGAAGUCAACUUCCUGAACGAAGAGGAAAUCGUCGAGCUCGUCUGCGAGGAAGUCCGCACGAGGCUUGGAAAGGUCGAUACAAGCAGGACCUUUAUGACGCAGAGUCUGCUGAGCGGCGCGAGGACACCUAGCAUAUCCAAAGCGAAUACACUCCCUGAAACUCCGUCGACUUCGACUGCUGGCGAAAAGCGACCUCCGACGUCUCAUCAGACUGCAUCGAAAAAGCCGUACGAGAACAACCUCGUGAGGACGGACGCGAAGACGAGGAAAAUUACAGCCAUGCUUCCAUCAGCACAGCGAGCGUCGUCUCCGUCCCGCGAACAUGCCUCGAAUGGAAUGGAAUACGAGUAUACGGACAAGGAGCCUACGAUAUGCCGUCUGACCACCAUCAAAGAGUUGAGAGCCUCGGUGAGAGAGAACAUGCAUAAUGAGCUUACAGACACAUUUGCCAACCAUACCUUUGUCGGUAUAGCAGACGAGUGCAAGCGCAUCGCCGCUAUUCAGGGCGGGGUGCGUCUCUUCCUCGUGGACUAUGGAAUGGUUGCCGCGGAAUAUUUUUACCAGCUUGGCCUGACAGACUUCGGCAAUUUUGGGUCGAUCCGGUUAAACCCUCCAUUGGCCUUGCAUGACCUGCUCCAGAUUGCAGUCCAACACGCGAAAACGUUAGAGCCGCAAAACGUGGAAUUCGACUGGGACAACGUUGUAUCGGCCGUGGCCAACCAGCUCAUGUCUCGUAAAGACAUGCUUCUGGAAUACUUCUCGAUGGAAAUUACUGCAGAUGGCGACCUCCUAACCAUUCCGCUCCUGAUCAAGGGCUACGCACCAUCGAUGGCCAAACUUCCCAACUUCCUGCUGAGGCUAGGACCACAUGUUGACUGGACAGACGAGAAAGGCUGCUUCCAGAGCUUUCUUCGCGAGCUAGCAAGCUUCUAUGCGCCAGAGUCAUUGCCACCUGCCCCCGAAGAUGGAGAGUCGGAGGAUGAAGAUAUCGCAGAGAGACGACGACAAGUCCAUCGAGCAGUUGAGAACGUCUUGUUCCCGGCGUUCAAGGCCAGGCUGGUGGCUACAAAAUGCCUGCUUAAGGGCACUAUCGAAGUUGCCAACCUCAAAGGCCUUUACCGCGUGUUCGAGCGAUGCUAG